AUGAUGCUAUCUCAGGUCAGAUACAUAAGGGAGUUGCUUCUAAAGGAUGGAGUGCAUAAUUCUAAACCAUUACCUACACCAAUAGCUACAGAUGUCAAACUCUUCUCCAAUAAUUCAGAACUGUUUGAAAAUCCAACACAAUAUCGGUCUAUAGUGGGUGCACUGCAGUAUCUAACUAUGAUAAAACUUGAUAUCACAUUUGCUAUUAAUCGUAUAUCCCAAUUUGUGCACGAUGCAGAUUGGGGAGGGGAUUUGGAGGAUAGAAAGUCUAUCUUUGGAUUUUGUGUAUAUCUUGGGAACAACCUCAUAUCUUGGAAGAGCAACAAACAAACUAAAGUGAAUAGAAGUAGCACGGAGGCAGAAUACAGGGCUAUGUGUGCAGCUCAAACAGAAAUUAUGUCCUUACAGCAGCUUCUACAAGAACUUCGGAUACCUCAAAUUGUGGUGCCUACUAUCUACUGUGAUAAUCAGAGUGACUGUCUUCUUGCGGCAAAUUCUAUACUUCUUAGCAAAUGUAAGCAUUUGGAGCUGGAUCUGCAUUUUCUAAGGAACCUGGUUAACCAAAAAGCUCUUUAUAUUAUGCAUAUUCCCUCUUCUGAUCAAAUUACAGAUUGCUUAACAAAAUCAAUGUCACAACACCUAUUUGAUAGGUAUAAGCACAAACUGAGAGUAUUUCAGAACCCAUACCUCAGUUGA